AUGACCACCGACUCGAAGUUGAGUGCUGCGUUUGUCAGUGAUGAAAGUAAGGUGAUGCUUUGCAGUCCAAAACAAGUGGAAGAGACUGCAGACAACACGUUCUUGUCAGUGGAAUUAAACGACAAUAAUCGGGUAUGUAAUUGCUAUAUUGUUUUAGAUAGGUCUCAAGGUCUAUAAAAGGUCCCGGAAAUUUUUCAAAAUCGAUCCUCUAAGGAUGAAUGUUGCUACAGAAAGGUCUAUGAUGGCCUGUGAAACACUCUUGAGAUCUCUCAAGUGUGGUUAAACUGGUUUUCGUCUUACGAUGAUUUAUCCUUUAUUUUAUACUGCCUAAAGCAAUAUUUUCAGGCCCAAACUCCGUCUUCACAAAGAGCCGUUCGCAUUUCGAUCAGUGACAAAGACUCGGACAAUCGGAGUAUCGAGAAAGCCCCACGUUUCAAACGACUUCAUCUGUACCUACUAAUCAUCUCAUUCAUCCUGGUCUUUCUAUUAAUAGCACUCUGUUAUUAUUACUCGUAA